GCGGGCAGCGGGGGGCCGCGACCCGGGGCUCGCCGCGCCCCUCCGGCCCCCCAGGGCCGCGGGGAGCCCGGACAUGGGCGUUCGGCUGACCCGUGGCGUGUUGGUACCUGCGGGAGGGCGCCCGGUGGAAAGUCCCUUCUUCCCAUGAGCAGCGCCUGCUGCUGGCGCUGGGCUCUCGCCAUGGACACUAUGAAAACCACCUACAUCGUGCUGGAGCUCAUCAUCGCCGUGCUCUCCAUCGCUGGCAACGUGCUGGUCUGCUGGGCUGUGGCCAUCAACAGCACCUUGAAGAACGCCACCAACUAUUUCCUGGUGUCGCUGGCCGUGGCGGAUAUCGCCGUGGGGUUGUUGGCCAUUCCUUUCGCCAUCACCAUCAGCAUCGGGUUCCAGGUGGAUUUUCACAGCUGCCUCUUCUUCGCCUGCUUCGUGCUGGUGCUGACACAAAGCUCCAUUUUCAGCUUGCUGGCGGUGGCCAUCGACAGGUACCUGGCUAUUAAGAUCCCACUGAGGUACAACAGCCUGGUGACCGGCAAGCGGGCGAGGGGCCUCAUCGCUGUGCUGUGGCUCCUGUCCUUUGCGAUUGGACUGACCCCACUGAUGGGCUGGAAUAAAGCCAUGAGUGGCUGUCCCAACGGCACCAACGAGACAGGGACCGAGCCUGGGACAGAGCACGACGGCUGCUUCAUCUCGUGCCUCUUCGAGAACGUGGUCACCAUGAGCUACAUGGUCUACUUCAACUUCUUCGGCUGCGUGCUGCUCCCACUCGUCAUCAUGCUGGGGAUCUACAUCAAGAUAUUCAUGGUGGCCUGCAAGCAGCUGCACCAGAUCGAGCUGAUGGGCAACUCCAGGACCACCCUGCAGAAGGAGGUCCACGCAGCCAAGUCUCUGGCCAUCAUCGUGGGGCUUUUUGCCUUCUGCUGGCUGCCCCUGCACAUCUUGAACUGCAUCACGCACUUCCACGAGGACUUCUCCAGAUCCAAGCCCGAGUGGGUGAUGUACAUGGCCAUCAUCCUCUCCCACGCCAACUCUGUCAUCAACCCCAUCAUCUACGCCUACAGGAUCCGGGAUUUCCGCUACACCUUCCGCAAGAUCCUCUCCAAGAUCCUCUGCAAGGCCGACGACUUCCCCAAGUGUCCCUCUGACAACAACCAGCACCUGACUGCCAUCAACAUCAGCUCCCCCGCGGCCUCGGUGACCGUAUGACCCUGCCCCUCCUGCCCCUGGAUGUCCAGCCCGUCCCUGGCGCUGCCCUUCCCCCUGUGAGCAGUCCCAGCGAGCUCCCAGGAGCGCUCAGAGAUGGCCACUCUGCAGUGGUGCAGCUGUGUUUUUAUUUUUAUUUUUGUAAUUAACGUCGUGCCUCCGUAGAGGAGUGACCUGAGCGGGGACACUGAGUGCAGCUCGCCCUCCUCCGUUGCCCCAGGGGGUGUGAGAGCUGGGAUCCUGUCGUGUUUCCUUUCCAGGUGUUUCCUUUCCAGGUUGGACACUGACUGGGGAAGACUCACCUGCUGGGGGGGUGUUUCCCCAAUUGUGCUGCUCAUGUCAAGUCAUAGGAUCUUUAUUUUAAUUAUUAUUUUUUUUUUUUAAUAUUUUGAUUCAUUUAGGAGUAAUAAUUUUGUAUCUGAUU